UCUCGGCUCCCGUUUUGUGUGGUGGGGGGAUGGGGUCGUGCCUAGGAUGAGAGACUCCAAAUAACUAUAUAUCUUUAUUUUCGAACUGUGUUUCCUCCGCUUGUGUUGGACAUCUAAAUACUUGUCGGCUACGCAUGAGUUUAUGUGAAGUUUAGCUUAUAUAAAGUGGAGUAUCUGUACGUCCACAACACGCGCUUAAAAAGUCGAGAAAAUGUAUUCUGCUGGAGCUGCUGAGAUGCUUGAGGGACCCCGUUCCUCUGGGUCAGUAAGCUCUGACCCCCCAUCUUCCCCAGUGCCAGAAUAUGUAUUUAAACCACCAUCACGACCUGACUUUGGCACCAUGGGCAGGACAAUCAAGCUCCAGGCUAACUUCUUUGAGAUGGAGAUCCCCAAAUUGGAGGUCUAUCACUAUGACAUCGACAUUAAGCCUGAGAAAUGUCCAAGGAGGGUUAAUCGUGAAAUUGUGGAGCACAUGGUCCAGCACUUUAAAACUCAGAUCUUUGGUGAUCGAAAGCCAGUAUAUGAUGGAAGGAAGAAUCUCUAUACUGCUAUGCCUUUGCCAAUAGGCAGAGACAAGGUGGAGCUUGAGGUGACAAUUCCGGGUGAAGGCAAAGACCGCAGCUUUAAAGUGUCAAUCAAAUGGGUGUCCUGCGUUAGCCUGCAGGCUCUGCAUGAGGCGCUAUCAGGACGUCUGCCCAGUGUUCCCUUUGAGACUAUUCAAGCGUUGGAUGUGGUCAUGAGGCAUUUGCCAUCUAUGAGGUAUACCCCAGUGGGACGCUCUUUCUUCACUCCUUCUGAGGGAUGCUCAAACCCACUUGGGGGUGGCAGAGAAGUAUGGUUUGGUUUUCACCAAUCUGUCAGACCUUCACUGUGGAAAAUGAUGCUCAACAUUGACGUUUCAGCCACGGCUUUUUACAAAGCCCAGCCUGUAAUUGAGUUCAUGUGUGAGGUUUUGGAUUUCAAAAGCAUUGAAGAACAACAGAAGCCUUUAACAGACUCUCAGCGAGUGAAAUUUACUAAGGAAAUCAAAGGCCUGAAAGUUGAGAUUACUCACUGUGGACAGAUGAAAAGGAAGUACAGAGUUUGCAAUGUGACCAGAAGACCAGCCAGCCAUCAAACAUUCCCCUUGCAGCAGGAGAAUGGCCAAACUAUUGAAUGCACAGUAGCACAGUACUUCAAAGACAAGUACAAACUCAUCCUGCGAUACCCUCACCUCCCAUGUUUACAGGUGGGACAGGAGCAAAAGCACACCUAUCUCCCUCUAGAGGUGUGUAACAUAGUAGCAGGACAGCGCUGUAUCAAGAAGCUUACAGACAAUCAGACCUCCACUAUGAUCCGUGCCACAGCCCGAUCAGCACCAGACCGUCAGGAUGAGAUUAGUAAAUUGAUGAGAAGUGCCAACUUCAACACUGACCCUUACGUUCGUGAAUUUGGAGUGAUGGUAAGGGAUGAAAUGACAGAAGUGAAUGGCCGUGUCCUCCAAGCACCUUCAAUACUUUAUGGCGGCAGGAACAAAGCAAUAGCUACACCAAUCCAGGGAGUAUGGGACAUGAGGAACAAGCAGUUCCACACUGGUAUUGAGAUCAAAGUGUGGGCCAUUGCCUGCUUCGCCCCACAGAGACAGUGCACUGAACUCCUGCUCAAAGCUUUUACAGAUCAGCUGAGGAAGAUCUCUCGAGACGCAGGGAUGCCCAUCCAGGGUCAACCUUGCUUCUGCAAGUACGCACAGGGGGCAGACAGCGUCGAGCCAAUGUUCCGACACCUCAAGUACACCUACCAGGGCCUCCAGCUGGUGGUGGUUAUCCUUCCUGGGAAGACACCAGUCUACGCUGAGGUGAAGCGUGUUGGGGACACGGUACUUGGAAUGGCUACACAGUGUGUGCAGGUGAAGAAUGUACAAAAGACAACACCACAGACCCUCUCCAACCUCUGUCUAAAGAUCAACGUCAAGCUGGGUGGCGUCAACAACAUCCUCCUCCCGCAGGGGAGGCCGUUGGUAUUCCAGCAGCCUGUGAUCUUCCUAGGCUCAGAUGUGACCCAUCCACCUGCAGGAGAUGGAAAAAAACCUUCCAUUGCUGCUGUGGUAGGUAGUAUGGAUGCCCAUCCCAGUCGAUACUGUGCCACAGUUCGGGUUCAGCAGCACCGUCAGGACAUUAUUCAGGACCUGGCCAACAUGGUGAGAGAGCUGCUUAUCCAGUUCUACAAGUCCACGCGCUUCAAGCCCACCAGAAUCAUCUACUAUCGAGAUGGCAUCUCUGAGGGCCAGUUCAGCCAGGUUCUUCAGCAUGAGCUGCUGGCGAUCCGUGAAGCUUGCAUCAAACUAGAGAAGGAUUACCAACCUGGUAUUACCUUUGUGGUUGUUCAGAAGAGACACCACACAAGACUUUUCUGUAUGGAUAGAAACGAGAGGGUUGGUAAGAGUGGGAACGUUCCUGCUGGGACCACAGUGGACACCAAAAUCACUCACCCGUCAGAGUUUGACUUCUACCUUUGCAGUCAUGCUGGCAUUCAGGGAACCAGCAGGCCGUCUCACUACCAUGUGCUCUGGGACGACAACCACUUCUCAUCAGAUGAACUGCAGGUUCUCACUUAUCAGCUCUGCCAUACCUAUGUGCGCUGUACCCGGUCUGUUUCCAUCCCAGCACCAGCCUACUAUGCCCAUUUAGUGGCUUUCCGGGCCCGCUAUCACUUGGUGGACAAAGAGCAUGACAGUGCUGAGGGCAGUCAUACAUCAGGCCAGAGCAAUGGGCGUGACCACCAAGCCUUGGCCAAGGCCGUUCAAAUCCACCAGGACACCCUGCGUACCAUGUACUUCGCCUGAGAGCACACAACCCCAGGUUGGGGUGGGUGAGACCCCACUGAUGGAACAUGUUACUCCUUGCUGUCUCACGGUCAGCUGUAGAUAGCAUCACAGUGGCUUUGGAUCGUUAUCUCCCCUCCCGGCAAACCUGUUAGUUACCCAUAAGGCUAAAAUUCUACUUUAGCCCUUAAAUCCACCAAAAUCAAACCAGCUAAUAGUGUGAGAUGCAAAAAGAUGCAUAUAGCUGGGAGAGGUUUUUUUUGUUGUUUUUUUUUUAUGUGUUGUGUAUUAGUGUGUGCUCAUUUGUUGCGGGGGAAUAUGUUGGUAGUUAUGAGAGGAAAUGGCAAAGUUUGUACACUGCUUAAAGAAAUGUACCAUUUCUAAACUAGUGGGCAAUAACAUUAUACAGUGGGUGUUACAGUUUCGAUGAAGCCACUCGCCAUCCUCUUCCCUUUAUGUUUGCUAGGGCAUUGGUGCUUAAAGGGAGAAGAAAAUUGAAAAUAUGAGGGUGUCCAUUUACUCUUCAUAUGCCUGAUGAUUUAAUCCUCUGAAGAUGAUUUAUCAGCCAAUUAAAGCAAAGUGCACUGACCAGAUGGGUACUUCAAUCAGGACAAAAGUACUUAAUAUAUUGAGAUUUUCUAUUUUUGUUGUUUUGGCCCCUCCUCCUUCCUCCUCUCUCCUUCCACAUAGGGCACUAUGUGAUGAAAAGUGCCAUGUGAGACUAUCUUUAUUUUGUCACUUCUGUAAAAAUCAGUUAAUUAUUUGGCCCACAUUUUUCUGGGUGUUGAGUACUUGUCCUUGAUUGCCACCAAUGAACAUUUCUGGUGACAACUAGAGGAUUCUUCUCAUCAGAUUCAGUCAUUCAUUCCUUGAACCAGUACUCAGUUAAUUCUGGAUGAGGGCAUUUAACGUUUAGAAACUGAAAGAACAGCUGUGUUAAUCCUUUGUCAUAUUCAUUAAUCUGAACCAAGAAAGUCACACCAGUUAUUCUCACACCCAGAAAUGGUGUAUGGGACUGGUUCCCUAUGAGGACACCUUUCUAAUGUAUUCUGAGCCGUGCUGAUGAAAGACACAUGAUUUAGAAGUCAACAGCAAGGAACACAAUGAAAUAUUUUUGGUCCCCUUUGUUUUUAUAGUAAUUUUUUUCUUUUUCUUUUUUCCCCCCUCAGUCAUUUUUCAGAAAAGUGUGCAUGUAGCUGACUUAUGUUUUAGAUGUAUAUGCGUUUGUAAUAAUUGUUUAUUUUUUUCCCUUAAUACCCAUCAACCCCACUUGUAUUUUGUAUUGUAUAUAGCAUCAGAAAGCAGUAUCAUUGUCAGAGCAGGGUGUUUGUGUGACUUCUCAAUAGCCAGGCAUUCGGUACAGUGGGGUUAAAGCAACACCAUUUUACAUUUGAUCUUAUUGAAAUUCCCUUAAAAAAAUCUCUUUAGAGUUUGCUACAAAAAUGGGUAGGGCUUAGAGUUUAUGCAAAUUACUUUUUGUGAGUCUUUUUACUAUAUAGUAAUGUUGCUAAUAAGAUAUAUUUUGAAUAAGCUCUCAGCAGAGGCUGCUGAAAAAUUUUAAUGGACUUUUUUAGAAGACUGGCCCACUUGUCUAAAUUAACUAUUUGUAUACAUAUUUUAAAUGAAACAUUCUCUUGCCUUCUAAGACUGUCGCAGUCUUAUUAAUGAAAUGAAUACAUAAAACAUCCUACUUUAGCGACUACGGUGUCUGCAAAUGUUCAGAUUAUCUUGAUUGGAGGUGAAUAUUGUAUAUUUUCUAACUAUGCAUAAUUUUUAACAGAGAUUUAGCAUCCUACAUGAAUUUGAGUCAUUUUUAGAGGUAGACAAUCAGGGCUUUUGUUUUUGUUUUAUUUUUUCAUAUUGUAUUGCAUUUAGUAGCGUCUUUUAGUGCUUAUCAGCAUCUUCAUGCCUUUCUAAUAGGAUGAAGUAUUUAUGUGGUCAUUUGUAACAUUGUAGAUUUUUAUAGUGUGUCCUUUUGUAACUCAUAAUCUUUCCUAGCCAGACAAGAUUACAAACUUUUACAUGAUUAAUAAUCAAAAGAGAUAGAAGCACAAACGGACAUUUUAAUUCUAGGUGCUAAAAAGUUUCACUGUAAACCACCUUAAAUUCUCACUGGACUGGCCAACAAGGCUUUUUAUUUUUUAAUUGCGUGUUUAAAAGAUGCUCCAUCAUUUUGAGGUUCAUUUCUCUCCAUUUGAUGACCUCGAUGUUUCCCUUUUUACUCAUUACCUGUAAAAAAAAAAAAAAAAAAAAAAAAUCCGACUGACUGUGUUUGUGGGGCAUUCUGAAAAUGAUGUACUUGAUAUUUACUGUUAUGAUGUCAAUAUUGUUCCUAUCGGUGCUGGUCUCACAACAUGUAAAUUUGGAUGCACUUUUGAUAGCAGAAUAUUGGUAUGACUUCUACAGAUGUGUAUUUCUCAGUUGAAACAGGAGGCUCGGCCAUAUUGUUUGGUGUAAUUGCAUGGAAAUGGCCGUGUGUUCUACCUCUUGUUACCUGUUUUAAGUGUUAUGGUAACAUCACACUGCAGGCCAUUUCUGUAUAAUUACCCCUGCUAUCUAUCUAAUUGGCAUUGUUUGAGUCAGGCAUUGACAGUAAAGCUUUUCAAUGCUUAGUGUGUGCAUGAACACCUUUUCUCACAUCAUGUAGUUGCAUGAUUUUUUUCCUUAAUUGUUUUACUGAAGCUAAUGAGACAGAAUGUUUGUUUUUUUUCUCUUAAAUUUUGCGCAUUGAGCUGUAUGACCAAAUUCUUGAACUGUGUUCAUAACUACACGAGGCUUUCCCUGCUUUUACGUCCUUUUAUUCUAUGCACCACUAAAAUGACACUUUUUUUGACACCUUGGUUUUCUACCUGAGCAGUAAAUGACAAAUGCAAAGCCCUCAUUGGUCAGGACAAAAUACACGUCCCAGUGGUGCUGUCAGUCAGACUGCAAAAGUUGCUUCUAAGUCUAAAGGAAACUCGAUAGAAAACGCCAUGUAAAAAUUAUUUAGUAUCUGUGAAUAGAAGCUGAAAAAAAGUUUGUAAGGCAGAAAAGUGGAAACGUGAAUGGCUUUGUUCCUGUGCGAAUGCAGGUCUUUGUAAUGUUGCUACAUUCAUCUUCGCUUUGACUCUCCAGCUCUUAGAUCAUCUCUCACAGUGAUACUUGAGUAUUUAGCAUAUUAGACAGUAGAUAUCCACUGUGAAGCGUAGAACUUCUAUGUGACAAAGUCUAACUUUUUCCUUGCAACACCUCGUGCAUGAAAAUCAAACUGGUUUGACAACUUUAGUGAGUCAUUUGGAGAAGAUGGGUUUGCAUUUGUUGUUGCUGCUUUAUGUUUUACAUUACCUACACCAGCACCUUAUAAGACCAGAUCAGAAUGGCUUUGUCUUUCCAGUACAUGAAACCAAUUUUUGACAAUGUUAGUUUUUGCACUAAAUAACCAAUAAUGGACUUUGUAGCUAUUCAUGCAUUAAGUAUAUUUAUCAAGGGGACAGACUUGCUACAGUUUCUUAUUUAAAAUUUUCUUUCUUUGGCAUUGAUGGCUCUUAAAAGAUGCAACCGGGCUCAUUGUGUGCACUCGCCAUUCAGAGAUAGCCAAUCUGGUAAGAUUCCAUCUAGCAAGCCAGCAUUCAGUAUGUCAUUUUACAGAAAUAACCUAAUGCCUUUAAAACAUUACUAAAAGUGUGAUAUAUUUAGUUAAGUGGGUGGGUUGCCUUUGUACAGUGAUGUUGACUAUAAAGGUGUUUUUAUGCAAAACAGACCAGAGUUGAACGGAGCUGAUAAGCUGUGGGUAGUGAGACUGUUGUGAUCCAUUCCUGUUGGAUGCCAAAGUGCUGUGAGAGGAUAGACUGUACUGGAAGUUUUGAUGUGGUUCUCGUCAAAGACUUCAAUGUGCAAAUAAAUUCGCACUCCAGAUAAGCCUCCUCAAGCCAAGCAUCCCUGCUAACUAACUAAUACAUAUCAAAACUCAGGGGAGGCUUUUUGUUUUCACUGAAAUUUUUGUUAGAAGUUCAAUCAAGAAUUUUUUAUGAAAGCAACAAACACCCCUAGUCUGGACGAAUGUGGCACCGCUUUACAGGUAAAUUGGUGCACAAGUUGCUUAUUGAUGCAUUUGAAACGCCUGAAGUAGUAACAUCUGUAGACUUUACAGGAUUUUAUUUUCUCUUUAAUAUGUAAAAACAAAACACACACAUUUCUCCUCAGUUUGGAGUGGCCAUAAUCUGGACAAAGCAGGUUUUUGAAAUGUAAAGGAAAUAGCAUAUCAUAAAUUAAACCAAUAAUUUAAUUCUGUUUUUAUUUAAGCAGGCUUUUCUUUUAUGGUGUGUGCAAAAAGUUUUUGGUUAAAAGGUGCUGAGAUAAAACACCUUGAAUUGUAAACCAGCCUGCUUUUUUUUCCCUCCCACUUUUAAUUUGUGUUUUCAAUGGUCUUAAGAUAAAGAAAAAAUUAUAAAAUCUAUUAAAAACUAAUACAUUGACUUAUUCUGAACCAUUAUCCUGUGUAUAACCAUGUCGCUCCUCUCUGCUGCUUAUGUCUCUUGUAGAGAAACUAUUGCUUACUUAAAUCUUUUGUAGAUUAGAGCCUAUUUUCCCAGCUUCACAUAAUGAUGAAUGUAAUUAGUCAGUGUGGUUUGUUAUAUAGUGAAAGUUUGCUGUCUAGUACAUUUACACUCAGCUUUGCAUCUUGUGUACAGCUUUUUUGUGUGUUUUCUCUUUAUUUAUAUUAGAUAAUUCAUUAACUCAUACACCACUGCUGAUGUUGCUGAUCUGUCCAUCGAUCAAGUCUUGUUUAAGAGGUGAACGUUUUUUACAAUGGUGCAAAGAACAUACCAUCUAUUCAGCUCAUACAUGUAAGGUGCUGUAACAGAGUGAUGUGUGCGUGUGUGUGUACAUAUACAUAAGUAUGAGGGUUUCUUAGGUGUGCAAUCUUGUUUGCUGUUAGAUUUUCUGCUUGUGCUUCUGCCCUCAGUCUAAUAUUCCUACCCAGACCUUGCAGAGUUGUCCUGUAAAGUCCUUUUGAGUUUGGAUUAUAGUGCAGUAACAGUGCCAUGUGAGAGAGAGAGGAAGCUUUUUCUUUGAUCGAUGCUUACAUUUCUUACACACGUCAGUUGUAUUGUAACCUAGCUAGUUUUACAGAUGCAUAAGUUAUCAUUUGAUUUGCAGAGUACUUUCCUGGCUUUUGCAGGCGUUCCUACUUUUAUCUGAACUUUUCUGAAGCAUCACUUAGUCUCCGGCAGUUAUCAUACCCAAUCACCGACAGCCAUAAGAUGGCAGUGUAGUGUUGACAAAAUCUGCAGUUAAAUUCUCCAGUGUUAAUGCAUUUUGCUGGAAGUCUCAACUAUAGAGGACAAGCUGAAAUGGGAUACUGACAUACCUGAGGGAAAGACCUGUUAGCCGUUACAGAUGCUGGAUGCAGCUUGUGUUUUGUUGUCUUUGGCCUAUCACUAAGACGUAGACCAUCUUUUAGUUACCUGUUUGACAUUAACCACAUUUUCAGAAAUGCUAGCAGGAUGGAUUUACAAUUGGGGCACCACCUAGUUUUUGACCUUAAUAUCUCAACAACUACUAGAUGGAUUACUAAUCAUUUUUCAGGCAUUCAUGACCCCAAAAAACAGUUCAUAAUGAGCUAUUAGUAAGCUAAAGUGUCACACAGAAUUUAACUACAUCACAUCCUUUCUGUGCUUUGUAAUUUCUCAGUCUAUGAUGUUUGUGCAGACAAUUUUAGCCCCUCAGAAACACGUGCAGCUAUUUAAGGAGAGCGGGCCAGAGGAAAGGCAUGAGUGAAAAUGAGAGCUAGAAUAUGAUGCACCUGGUGGACGUUUGGGGUUAGGGUUUGUGAUGCAAUGGAUCAGAUUUUUGCUUAGAACUGUUACAGACCUGCAAACCAAUGCCAUCAAGCUGAUCUAAUCGUACAAAGCCAAUGUGGGUGUUUGUUUAAAAUGUAUCUUUUCAAAGCAUUUUAGUCCCGGGAACUCAUCUUGGCUUUUUAUUUACCAACUUGGAAAUUACUACCUCAGAGCAGAGUCGGGUGCUUGCAAAUAUUGUCCCUAAUUUAAAAGGAUGGUAAAAAACAAAAAUAUUGUAGUGACCAAACCAGCACAAGCCAAUGUCACAAGAAAGCGCCGUUUUGUUUUGUAAACUUGUAAUCAAAAUAAAAGCCAACAAAUCACGUAUGAUUGGUUGGUUGUUGUAGUUGGUUACAGUUGUAGGGGACCAAAGUUUUAUAAUCUGGAGUCAUUUUUUUUGUGAAAUUUUUUUUUUUUAAAAGACAGCAACAAAAAGAAAAACCUGCACAAUCUCAGACACAUUCAUGUGAUUUCUAAGCAUAGUAAUGAUUGGAUCUUUUUAAAUGUGCCAUCAUAAUUGUAAUUCAUUUGAUGAUCAUGUGGUAUGUUUGUAGUGGCAGCAAAGAAUUAAUAUAGGAUGGAUGUAAAGCAGAUAAUGCUGGCUAAUGAGCUAUGGAUCUUUUGGUACUUUGGGCCUCUGCGGUGUAACAGUCUCUUGAUCAAACCAGUAAUGUGACUCUUAGCUGACAGAAGAAAAUAGCUUUGAGGUCUUGAUUUUAGAACCAGCUUCUCACCUCUUUAGUUUUAACCAAAAAGCUUUGGUUUUAUAGUAAAUACAGCCACGCUACACAACCAGGUGUAUUCUUCUGCCGUAUCAACCCAAAGCUGCAAUAAAAACAAGUAUUCAGUUCUCUUCUACUUUUCUGACAAGUAGCUACACUAGACAUAAUUUUGUAAGGGUAUAAGAUAACUAACAAAGGGAAUAUAGACUUUACAGCGUAUCAGAUCAUUCGACGAAAGGUACAUACUUUGAGGUUGUGGGUCAAUUAACUACAGAAUUAGCCUAAAGUGAAAACAUCCAGCAUAUAAGUAGUUAUUUUAUGUGCCUUUUGUCGGAUUUCUCCUCUCAAUCUGCCCAGACAUUGGGUUUGUGACACUUUUUUUUCAACACAAGUUGGACAAAGUCUGCCAUGCUGCAUUUAAAAAAAAAAUAUAUAUCUGUUUUUAAUUAUCAUGCAACCUUGAGUGUAGAUGCUGCAAAGAACGAUCAGUAUUUGUGUUUGCACUUUGAGAGUAGUUUUGAAAAGAAAAGGUAAAUUGCCCAUAUGAGGUUGGGCAGAAAGUAAAAAAAAAAAAUAAAUAACUGACGAGGUAUUUUAUGUUAUCAACAGGAAUUAUAAGGAAUAAUAUGACUUUGAAAAGCUUUUAUAAAAAGGUUGAUAUAUCCAUACACAUAUAUAAAUAUAUUCAUGAAGUACCUCAUAAGCCUGAUAUAUGCUGCAUUGACUUUUUUUUUUCCUCUUUAGUGUACUUCAUAUUGUCCAAUAACAUUAUAAUGUUUCCCCUCGGGAGGUUUGAACGUCACAACAGACUACGCUCAUGCCGCAGUUCACCCAAUAACAUGUUACACUUUGUGGCCAAAAGAUGUCUAAUUUAUGCAAAUAAUAAGUAAAUCUUAUCAAACAUAUUUUGCUAUUUUUUUUUUUUUAAAGAUCUUUCCCAUUUGUGUGUGUGUGUAGCCAAAAGAAAAAAAAAGACUCAGGUAUUGCCGUGAAAGGGCUUUAUCUGUUUACUGCAUCCUUGUCCCACACCCCUCCCACCCACACCUUUGUCUUAAGAUAGCCUUAGAGUUAAACGUGAGGUUAUUUGGCCUUAAAAGUUGGAGAAAUUAUGCACUAGAAUAUCACAGACUUGACAGACAGCUCCAUUUCCUACAGAUGGAUUGUUUUAAAACGUGUCGUGUCAUUGCCAUGUUAUCUACCUCCUAUGAAUGUAGAGUCUGUCCUGGACUUGUAGUUGACCGACAAGCUUCUCUUCUUUAAUUUACGCUAGACAGACAAUCAUCUGUUGAUGAAUAAUCUUAAAAGUUUAAAAUUAAUUUCCCCUUUUUCUUUGUACUUUUCUUUUCCAGUAUACUUAGUUUUUUGGGGUCCCCCCCCCCCCCUACUGGUGACCAAAGUUUCUUGGCAAAGGCAGCCCUGCAAGGCUGUGUGACUUCAAACCUCCCUUCAUUUGUGUCAUUUUGAGCUCAGUUUUGAGUUUUAUAUAUAAAAACACAAAUCCUCUCUCUCCAUCUUUUCUCCCUUAUUUAAACCACAACAUGCCAAAUCUGAAUUUGUUGUCAUUCCUGUUCUGGUGAGGGUCUUCACGUUGCUGAAUUAAUUUGUUCACAUCCACUGCUAAGCUCCUUCUUCUUGUUGUAAUGUUGUAAGCUUUUGAUUUCUAUUUUACAUUUCUUUAUUUUGGUAACAAUUAUGCUUACAGAACACAAGAUAUGCUGUAAACCCUGUUAGGACAUAAUGUGAAUACGUAUCACUUAAUGUAGGUUACUCUUUGGCUUGACUGUAAGUUGCGUUAAUUAAUAAAAAUGUU